AUGGCGAGAAGCCACGGUGCCCAGAUCGACAAGAGCGAGCCAAUGGAGGUUCAGAAUGAAGAGGCGGAGCCGCGGAGCCAAUGGAUACCCGGGAAACGAUGGAUGAUACCAAAAAGUUCCGGACGUGGAGACCCAGAAGGACGAGCAGAGGAUGAUGCCACUGAGUCGGGCAAUGGCAAGAGCAAGGAAAGAAAAGCUGAAAGAAAGGCUAAAAGAAAGGCUGCCGCCAAGCCGAAAGAGAAGCCGGACAAGCACAAAAGUAGCUCCGAGUGGCCUGCGACCCCUACCGUUGUGUUUGGCAACGCCGCGGGGGAAAACAGUCCUGUGGCUCCGAACUCCUUCCCCGAGCUGCGAGAGGUGACACUCAGAAAGUUGGAGAUUCCCCACGAUUCCACACUCGCUCACAUCACCGAUGCGCUUCUCCAGCUGCGCUCUGUGGAAGUCUUGAGACUGUCCCACUUGCGGCUGACCAGCAGGGGAGCGAGCCUUCUCUUGCAGGCCGUGGCGGAGCUGGCUCCGCGCCUCACUAGCCUCAACGGCUUGCCCUUGGCGCGCCUCGUGCAGCUGAAGGACCAUCCUGAAGGUGGUCCCCUGGAUCUGGGCGACAGCAUUGAGUGGAACGACUUCACCUUGGGGGUCAUGGCCCGCUUGAAUCUGUGGCCGGUGAUCAGCUUUGGGGGUGCAGGCAUCAAUAAAGAGCUUCACUUGCAAGGUCAAAGUUUCACAGAUGUGGGUCUGCGCGGGCUUUGCGCCAUGCUGCGACACUUUGCCACGCAGGGACCUACCGGGAGGAGCAGUGGUGCAGUGAACUUGACGAAGAUCGACUUAUCAGGCAACCUCCAAAUCACCGAUGCCACGGUGGCAGAUCUCUGUCACACGCUGAAGACGCCGCACAUGGGUAGCGCCUUGCGCGGUCUGCGGGAACUCAAUCUCCGCUCCUGCAUGCGCUUGAAGACACGUUCUGCCUACGAAUUGCUGAAUUUUGUUCAGCAUGUGCGAGAGGCAGCGCGAGAUCCGGGUGCACAGCAGAAUUUGCGCAUGGUGAAUGGAGUGGAUUUGGAGGCUCUCCAGCUUUCCAGCCGCGCGGACCGUGCGGGGCGUGCCACCACGGCACCCUCCAUGCUGCUCCGCAGCUUCCUGGAACAGCAAGGAGCAAAGGCGCAUUCCACCUACAUGACGGAGUGCGACGUGCACUUCUUCGCUGGGGUCAUGCACCAGUACCAGAACAUUCCCUACUGUCACGUGCACAUUGUUAUCCCCACGAGUCUGCUGAAAGAUGACGCAACAGCGCCUUUGGAUAUCUGGGGCAGGCCUCCGCACCUCGCCGCAAUGCCUUGCAGUAACGACAGCCCUUUUCCACCUCCAGUUGCUGGCGGGCGAUUGCAAGCAGUGGCGGCGCAGUUGCAGGCGCAGGUGGAUGCCACCUGUCGUCUCUUUGAAGCUUGUGCGGAAGCAUAG